ACUGUAUUGUAACAGACACACAUACACACACAGGCACACGCGUGCACACGCGCUUGAUGCGGGACAGUUGCGCUCUGUCUGGGGAUUCAUAAACUUCACCUGCCCGGAUCUCGCUCGCGCGUUGGAUCGUCGGUGUGCGCCGCGCGGACGCGCUGCUGAGCGUGCGUCAUGACGCUCUCCAAUUAAAGCGAGGCUGGAAAUGGAUCCACUGAUUCAGCAUGGCGAGAUGAUGUGACGGACCGCUUGUCACCGCUCGGACUCUCUCUUCACACCUGACCCACUUCACCAGACAUCAUGGCUGAAGAGGACCCCUACCUUCACACCUCCAAUCAGAUGUUUGAAAACAUCAUGAUGGACCCGUCCUGGGGCUUCAACCAUUACCCUGUGAUGUCUCACACGACGUCUCUGCGGACAGUGGAUGGACCCUUCCUGCAGAUCCUGGAGCAGCCCAAACAGCGUGGAUUCAGGUUCCGGUACGGCUGUGAGGGUCCGUCUCAUGGUGGCCUGCCGGGAGCCUCCAGUGAGAAGAACAGGAAGACCUACCCCACCGUCAAGAUCUGUAACUACCAGGGACAGGCCCGCAUGGUGGUGCAGCUGGUGACGGUCACCCCCCACCCCCAGCUGCAUGCCCACAGCCUGGUGGGGAAGCAGUGCGACAAAGGCAUCUGCAUCGCAGACCUGCAGUCCAAAGACGCCACCAUCAGCUUUCCGAAUCUGGGCAUCCUCCACGUGACGAAGAAGAACGUGGCGAAGACCCUGGAGGAGCGAAUGGUGGAGGCCUUCAGGAUGGGCUACAACUGUGGAGUGUCCAUCCACCCAGAGAUCGACACCCAGCAGGGCGAAGUGCGAGUCCCCAGAGAGCUCAGCGACCACCAGCGCAGCGUGAUCAGCAGCGCGGCGUCGCUCCAGGCCAAAGACAUGGACCUCAGCGUGGUGCGCCUCAUGUUCACCGCCUUCCUCCCCGACAGCGAUGGCGGCUUCUCCAGGCGGCUGGAGCCGGUGGUGUCGGAGCCCAUCUACGACAGCAAGGCUCCCAACGCCUCCAACCUGAAGAUCGUCAGGAUGGAUCGGACCGCCGGCUGCGUGACCGGCGGGGAGGAGGUCUACCUGCUCUGUGACAAGGUGCAGAAAGACGACAUCCAGGUCCGCUUCUACGAGGAGGACGACUCGGGGUUGAUCUGGGAAGCUCUGGGAGACUUCUCCCCCACAGACGUCCACAGACAGUUCGCCAUCGUCUUCAAGACGCCCAAGUAUCGAGACCAGAACCUGCAGAAGCCGACGGGCGUGUUCGUCCAGCUGAAGAGGAAGUCCGACAACGAGACCAGCGAGCCCAAGCCCUUCACCUACCACCCUCAGAUCAUCGAUAAAGAGGAGGUGCAGAGGAAGCGGCAGAAGACGUUGCCAAACUUCCAGGACUUCAGCGGUCAUGGAGGGGGUCUGUACCGGGGAGGAGGCGGGGGUUCAGCAACAGGAGGAGGAGGAGGAGGAGGAGGGGGAGGAGUAGGAGGAUACUUCCAGGGCUACUCUACCUAUGGCUACGGAGGAGGAGGAGCAGGAGGAGGAGCAGGAGGGUUUCCCACAGGAUACUCGGCUGGUCUGGGAGGAGGAGGAGGAGGAGGAGGAGGAGGAGGAGGAGGAGGAGGAGGAGGAAUCAAACACUCGUCGGGGAACGACGGAGCGGCCGACAGUGACGGCGAUCUAGACGACGACUCGGGGUCGGGGGCCGCGGUGCAGGCUGCUGUCCGGCCCGGAGACCCCGGGGCUGGGGGGGGCACGGAGGAGGGCGGGGCCACCGUGGAGCCAGCGGCAGAAAGAGUGUGCUGCAGUGCAGAGGAGGACUCGGUUCAGGACACCAGCAGACAGCUGGAGGCUCUCUUUCAGUACUCCGUCACAGGCGAUUCAGCCUACCUGCUGGCUCCACAGCGCCCCCUGAUGGCAGCACAGGAUGAAGACGGAGACACCGGGCUCCAUCUGGCUGUUCUCCACAGCCAGCAGGAGGCGCUGAAGAGCCUGACUCAGGUGGUCUCUGCUCUGCCUGGAGAGGAGGUGCUCAACAUGAGGAACCACCUGUACCAGACUCCUUUGCACCUGGCGGUCAUCACGCAGCAGAAGGAGGCGGCGGCAGCGCUACUGCUGGCCGGCGCCGACCACACGCUGACCGAUCGCCAUGGCAACACGGCGCUCCACCUGGCGUCGCAGCAGGAGGGAGGAGAGAUGGUGGAGUUCCUCCUGCGACACGAGCAGAUGAGGGAGCAGCUGGAGCGCACGAACACAGCAGGUCUGUGUGCGAUCCACCUGGCCGUGCUGGCCAAUCAGCUGGCUGCUCUCAGGGAACUCCUGGAGGGCGGGGCUAACGUGGAGGCUCAGGAUCGUAGCUGUGGGCGAACGGCGCUACACCUCGCCACGGAGAUGGACAACGUGUCGCUGGCUGGGUGUCUGCUGCUGGAGGGAAACGCCCAGGUGGACUGCUGCACCUUCAACGGCUCCACGCCGCUGCACAUCGCCGCCGGACGGGGCUCCGUCAAACUCACCGCCCUCCUCAUGGCCGCAGGCGCCGACCCUCGGAGGGAGAACUGCGAGCCGCUCUUCUUCAGGGAGGAUGAGGAGCAGCUGGAGGAGCAGGAGGAUGAAGGCUACAUCCCAGGAAGUACUCCGGUCAGCAUGGCUGCCACUGCAGAGGUGUUGGACCUUCUGAACGGUAAAGACUACGAACCGAAGACUCCUCACAGAGCCUUCGUCCCUCCUCAAGGUGACCUGAUGAGUCUGGACGUGGAGGUGAAGCAGGCCAUGUGUUGUUCUCUGGAGAGUGAAGGAUUCUGGGAAGGUCUGGCUCACAGUCUGGGACUGGGGAUCCUCAACACGGCCUUCAGACUGAGUCCGUCUCCCGCCAAGACCCUGCUGGACAGCUACGAGGUCUCUGGUGGGACGAUCUCCGACCUGCUGGCCGCUCUGAGGUCGAUGGGAAAGAGUGAAGCACUGAGCGUCCUGGAGGAGGCGCUGUGUCACAGCCACAACACGCAGACGAGCGGCGAGUGUCCGCUCAGCGCUCAGGUCCAGGACCUGAAGGUGGACGCUGGGAACGAGAGCGGAGUGUGUGACAGCGGGGUGGAGCUCUCCACCGCGUGAUCUCACACACACACACACACACACACACACGAUGGCUCAGUUUCAGGACUGAACAUUUCUUCAAAGGUUUGGAUCGAUCAUUUAUUUGUGUGAACGCCGAUCCAGACUUUGACCUUCACAACGGCCCGUAGACGAUUCUCCAGAACUUUCCUUGGAGGCUUCAUCCCAUCAGUGGGGAGGAAAACCCCGGCGGGUCGGCGCCCAAUCCACCGAAGUGACUGGAGAGAACCGCUGCUGCGGCGGUGAUCUCUGUAAAUACCGAGCCGCAGACUCACGACGCUCUAUUUAUCCAGACAAACCAGAAAAAGACCACCUGACAGGUUUCACUGCUGCGUGUUUGACAUGGAAGUAACAGAAUACUGUCGUCCAGCAGUGUUCUUGUACUGUAAAGUACGUCUCAAACCAUCUAGAUCUACUGUGUCCAUCCACAAUGUGAAAUGAUAACCAAAGCUUUUCAUCUGUGUGUUUGUAGCCAAUGUCAGAGUGGAAGUUCCUGUUUUUGAAACUGCAUUUCUUUACUAUCGGGCACUUCUUCUGUUUUAGUUAAAUCUCACGCCGCUUUUAAAAUCAUGAGGGAAAAUUGCAAAUCAGCCUGUCUAGAAUCAGUUUUUUUUAAAUCCGUGCACAUGUCCGCCUGGACUGAUCCCAGCAGCAGCAGCUCCUCCUCCUCCGUGUGUUUUCAGGUUGGUUUUUAUCCUAGUAUUUUUUAUUUUUCACUUCGCCGACUGUCGUCCCAACUCAUUUUGAAGAGAACCCCGACACAAGGAACUGUGGGUAAAAUAGUGGAGAGCUGCUGCUGCUCCACCUGGUAUUUAACUGCACUGUACAGUUCAACUCCAGCUCCUGUUGUUCCUGCUUCUGUUUUUUUUUUAAUAAAAUGUUUUUAU